AUGAGUUCUAGUUCGUCGGCAAACCACGAUGUCACGUCUGGUUCGGCCCAGGCAAAGCAGGCCGCGUGUCUCGAAUGUCGCCGGAGCAAGGUAAAAUGCACACGCGACCUUAACGCCCCGGUGUGUCGGAAGUGCCAACAGGCCGGCUUGCAAUGCAUUACGCCGGAGUACCAUGUGGGAAGGUAUAAGGGCGUCAAAAACAAGAGGACCGGGCUAGAAAAGGCAAUCUAUCAGGUCGAGCAGGCGCUGAAGAGGAACCGGGAUGGCUCUGUUGGGCUUCCUUCUGAGGUUGAAGCCGACCUGCGACAGUUGAUUGGGGCUCCUCAGACAAGCACUGUUCUUGAGCGGAAAACCAGCUUAACCACUCCAGCGACAAACCAUCCACAGCUGUUUCUUCAGCCACGCCCAAGUCUAGUUCCCAGCGAGGAUAAUGGCGUAGCGGAGGAUAUUCAGGAAGAGCCUGCUACAGAGCAUGGCGAAAAGCCCGACGAACUCGCACUCAACAAUGCCGACAAUCCCUUGCAACUGCUUGCCAUGGCUUCGGUGCUUCCCGGUCAGUCGCCCUCAACCGUAAUGUCGACAUCGCCGGCCGGCGUCGCAUCGCAUCCAGGAACCAAUGACGCAAACCCCGGCGACGCCGAACUACAGCAGUUUUUCGGGUCGCUGAUGCCCAGGCUGGACAAUUCUCCGGAUCUCGACCCAAUUGAUUUAGGACUCGUGACACAGGACGAAGCCGAUUCACUGUUUGCGUAUUUCUAUGAACGACUAUCCCACACGAGAUGGGGUCUUGAUCCCACCCUCCAUACAGCUUCGUUUGUGAGGUCGAGGUCCGCCUUUCUGUUCACCUCCAUUCUCGCCGCCUCUGCCUUAUUCCUCCCCAAAGCGGAGGCAUUGUUGAAGCGACUCUCCAACCACCGAAACUAUCUCGCACAAACCGUGAUCUUCAAAAGAAAUAGAUCAGUGGAGAUCGUAUUAGCUUUCAUGGUCAAUAUUCCUUGGAUGACGCCUGCGAAACACUGGGCAGACGAUGAGACGUGCGCUCAUCUCUCGAUGGCGCUGAGCUUGGCAUUGGACCUCUCAUUGAACAAAAUUGUGGUUCCUUCUCCUACGAUUCGUCCCGCAGGCUUCCUUGAUCGGGUCUCCAAAGCCGAUUGUAUUGACUCCACAAAGGCUCUACAGCUAGAUGGAUUUCCGCAGGUUGAUCCAUCUUCGAUCCUAGGUCGACGUUUACUGAGAACACGUGAGCGCGUCUGGCUGGCCUUGUUCGUCCUUGAUCGAGGUAUCUGCCUCGCAAGGGGAAGGCCGUAUGCGGUUCCGACCGGGCCCUUGGUAGACAGCUGUGAUACGUGGCACAUCUCUGACAUUGCCGAUCGAUGGGAUGGUAGUGUCGUCUCUGCUGCCGUGCUAAGGCGAGACUUGGUCGGGCUCCUUGCAAGCGUUCGCGAAGCUUGCGACGGAAAUCAAGGUAUCAAUGGUGGCCCGGCAGCCGUGAGAUUCUUGAAAGACAAGAUCGACCGCUUCUUCGAGCAGUGGUAUGCCGUAUGGUCACGUCAAAUCACACAAGACGAUGGUCAACUACCUCCCUACGUCGAGAUCCUGGUCUCUCACACCAAGCUUUCCACAUACUGUAACGUCGUCAACCACCCAACUGCGUCGAAUGACGUGAAACAAUUCUUUCGUGCCGCAGGGCUGGCAUCAGCCAUGAAUGUCAUGCGUGCAGCAGUCCAGGGCGAGAACCGACUCAAAUCGAUGCCCAACAAUACAGUCAUCAUGGUCUCUUUCGCGGCGACUUUUGCUCUGGCCCUUGGUACCACAAGUCUAGGAAACCGAGUCAUGCUGGCUCCGAAUGCGAGAGCACUUAUUGAAGAGACAAGCCAGGUGUUGGAAAGGAUCGGCAGCUCCCCAAGACACCGCAGGGGCUUAUCCGUCCUUUUCGCAAGGCAUAUCCGGCGGAUCAUGCAGAGCUCCGUUCUCAGCCCUCCCGAAGAUAACCAGAGCUUCGUCGCGGGACCUUCAGAGCAAGCUCAUCAGCAAAAUCACAACGCUGACCACGACUCCAUACGAACAGCUUCGAUACCCGCUCCCAAUGUCCCCUUGGACCCGUAUGUCUUCAACAUGACCGACGACCAGAUCCUCGAAGCCAUCAACAACGCUAGUACUUCACAGGACUUGUUCCAACUCGACGAGACCAUGUUUUUCGACUGGCUGGACUGGCCCAAUCUCACUUGA